CGCAUAAUUACCUUUUCCCAUUUAUCAAUAAAAUGAAAAUGUAAAUAUCAAGUGGUUGUUUUAUAGAAUCCAUGCAUUAAACAAAUAAAUAAUUAUACAUUUGAGUUGAAACAAGCGGCAACUUUAGUAAGGGUUUUUACACAUAUAUGUAUGUAGAUUUAUUAUUAGUGAAUUAUGGAAAGUACUACUUCGUUUGUUGCGUGAAGCGUUGUUCUAACCCAUCGCAACAGCUGGCCCAAUUUUGACGUCACAGAGCUCAUCUAAAGUCAGAGAGUGGUCCACGAGGAGGUGACUAUCGCGCAUGUGCAGCUUUCGUCCUCGACUUUUCUCGAGGACAGCGCAUGCGUUCACCAAGAUGGCGGUUGGGUUCUCACUCUCCAGUAGGCAAGGCUCUUUCAAAGUUGACGGUCUGCGCGCGUGAAUUCGACGGUUUCAGGAAGUGAAUUAUGGGUAACGGAGAAGACGCGAGUGCCUUUGACGUUUGCGAACCAUAUUGAAAGGCAUUUGGAGGAGUUUCGUUACCAAAGAGAGGUUGACCAUCGUUUGGUGGAAAAAUGGUAUCGAGACGGAAAAUUCUGUCUCGAUCGAGGGACAAUCUUGUCGAAUCACAGUACGAGGAACAGGACGAAGAGGACGUGUGGUAUAAUCUUGAUAAACUUUACAAGGAUCACAUACAAGAAGUGCUGGACAAAUGGAAUCAGAUCGACGACGAAAUUUGGGCCAAGGUGAUAGUUUUCGAAAGGAAUCGAAGGGUAGCAAAAGCAUACGCCAGGGCACCGGUUCUCACGAUUAACGGAUCGAAUGACGGCUUCGAUGGAUUCAGGAUAGGACUAUGCGGUUUCGAGAACCCGAUGAGAGACGUGAAAACAGAGGAGGCGAAGAAGCACAUAAAUCAAGGUGUAAAAAUCAAGAUGGACGAGCAGGGGAAUAUCCUAAUAAAAAGGCUGUGUAAAAAUAACGUUUACAUAAAGCCUACAAGUCAGGAAGACAACGCAAUUGGAGCAGAAAUCGCACGGAAUUCUCAAGGAGCGUUAGAACACGAGAAGCCAGGGAAAGUGUUCGACAUGAACAAAUUCCAAACGAACCUGUCCCGAGAAACUCGGAGGGCCUACCCCGACAGAAGGAGAUUAGAAAUGCAAUGUUUGAGUGCUAUCGUUUUUGUUAGAACCGAAGCAGACCUCCUUCAGUGUCCUGUUUGGGUUCUUAUUGUUAAUGUCGUUGGUCUGGAUAUGUUAAAAUCCAAGUUACCACCAGUUUUAGCACUACAAAGGCCUGUAGACAUAAAGAACAGGCCGAGGAUACCGAUUCCCGACGAAGAUCCUUACAGCGUAGCGGGAGUAUCAUCCUCUAUAGGAGUCUCGGAGGCCUUCCAGCAGGAUCGAGAAACUCGAGAACAGAUUUACGCUCAAUCGACAAGUUGUCGACAAAGAAGAGCCGAAAGACCACCGAAACUGCCACCCAGAGAGAAUCUCUACAGCCACGAUAUACCUAAACCUGAUUACGACGACAUAGAAGAUGACUAUGCCAGAAAACCAGUCAUAGCAAAUGAAGAAAAGAGAAGAGGCGAUGAUAAGAAGAAAUACGACGAUCCGUAUUAUUGCGGAUUACGAGCUCGUGUUCCUAACUUUGUCAAAAUGGCGAAGAAUAGUAAAGUCUCGACGAGAGGCUACGCCAGACCUCCACAGGCUCCCACUUAUGCUGCAACAGGAUAUGGGAGCAGUCAGUCUUCACAAAUAUAUGGCCAUUUACCUGGGAAUCGACCACCAAUUAUGUAUCAUGCAAGAAGUUUUGAAAGUGGACUUGACUCUGACGGUAGAAACGAAUCACCAUAUAAUCAUAUAUAUGGAAGAUUUCCAUUACCGACUAGAGGUGUAAUGCCUCCUCAGCCUAGAGCAAUGUACAUCGGAGAAUGGGAUUGAAAGUGAAGAACAAUUGAUCAAAAGAAAGCGUAUAAAUGAGUGGACAACAAAUAAGUCAGGGGCAAAAGAUGACAACGUUUUCGGAACACCAUGUAAUAAGGACAAAUAGAAGAAACAUACAGAUCACGUGAAAAGAAGAUGAUAAGAUAAAGGAUGAUGAAAGGAUUUAAAAAUUGGAGUGAAGAUUAUAUGUCAGCAAGUAAUAAUUAAGAGCAGAAAAGAUUGAAGUAAAAGAAAAGAGAAGAAAACAUAAAAAGGGAGAACUAAUCUUCCGUUUGUACCUAUAAACUGUAUAUUGUUAAUGUACUACAUAAAAUACUCAAAUUUUUAUCGCAAUAAAAUUGUAGAACAAUG